GUGCAUAGUCCUGCAAGCACGUACACACACACACGUAACACACAAAUGUGUGGGAUGGGCUUACAGCUAGUGAAUGGAUAGAAAGGAACCGCAUGCAAUGAUCAUCACCAGCUCUACACUACUUGAAUAGUAAGGAGAGUAGAGCCUGAAGAGAGAAGAAGUACGCAUCGGACUCUGAGCGCCAGACACCGACGGACGAGUGCUCAUUCGAAUCCUCUUUGGAAUACCUGGCACAAUCGGUGCACUGUUCGUGUGCCCUCCAGCGCGGAAUCUGUGGCCUCGUUUUUGGUUGUGACUGACAAGCUGUCUUGUGUUUACAGCCCUCCCACUUUUAUACUUCUCUUGAACGAUUGGUGCUUGUUGUGGUUUUUCUGCUUUGUGACACAGGGAAUACCCAUUCCACAGACCUGACUCAAGUCCCCUCUAUCACAUAUUACUGAAGGUACAUGUACAGUGUAUACCUGACCCCCCCCCCCCCAUCUGACUGUUGCUGCAUUUGAUAGCGUUAACUGCGACAUUCGUUUCGGACAGUUACAGGGCAUACCGAUAGGAUCACUCACUAAAAGCCUCCUCUGCUACUCCGUGGGAAGGAUGACUGAGCGGACAAUUCUUGGUAUGAGUACACCAUGCUGACGAAACAAGGAUCAGCUGUCAGGGGUUAUUACCAUUGAUAAAUCACAUAGGCAUGCAGGACUUGAGUGGGAGAGCUGGAUGACCACACCAACUUUAAAACUGAAUUCAUUUUGAGUUUCUAUUUUGAAUGAGUGCUGAUGCUACUCAACUUGCUCAUCUCGCAUUAUCAUCAAGUGGACAAGUUCUGGAAGAACAGUAUUCCUGACCAGUCCAGAUUUCUUUCACAUUUUGUAAAGUUCACCUUUUGAUUCACUUUGUAGAAGUUAGGAGAGUUUGGUAGAAUUCAUUCACAUUCAUAACCUGAUACUCUGGUAUGCUGAAGUGAGACCUGAGGAAUUAUUUGUUUGAAUUGGAUCUUUAGCAUCUUUCUGGAUUCUUUUAUUGGAUUUAAAACCCCUCAUUAUUAGCACAAUGGAGAGUUCUGGAAGGGGCUCAUUCUUUUCCAAAAGCAAGAAGGGAGGCAAAAAUGUGACAAAGCCCCCACCGCCCCUCUCCAGAAUGACUGCCCCCGGACCAGGGGGCCCACCUAGUGGAGGGCACAUCAUCCCAGCUACAGACAUCAACAUCCUGGACAAAGAGCUAGGUCGGGGAGAGUUUGGCAAGGUCAUGCAGGGGGUAUGGAGCAACAGAGAAGGCAACCAGAUCCCAGUUGCAGUGAAAUGUUUGAGCCCUGAGAAGCUAAGUUUGGACAAAUGUCAGCAAGACUUCCUCAAAGAAGCUGCCAUUAUGCACUCACUCAACCAUGAGCACCUUGUCAAGUUAUAUGGAGUCGUCUUAGAUGUGGAUAGCUCGCUCAUGUUGGUCACAGAAUUUGCCCCACUGAGAUCACUAGCAGAGAACAUGAAACAGGAGGCCCUGAAACCAGCAUUCCCCAUCACUCUCCUACUAGAUUUCUCUGUUCAGAUCACCGAUGCAAUGAGAUAUCUUCACAUGUCAAACAUCAUUCACAGAGACCUGGCUGCAAGGAAUAUCCUGCUCUUUGUCGAUGAUGAGGGUAACAAGAAAGCCAAGAUCAGUGACUUUGGUCUAUCAAGAAGGUUAUUACUAGGAGAGAACUAUCGCAGCGAAAUGAGACCAAACCUCAAGCUACCUCUAGCAUGGAUGCCUGUAGAAUCCCUGACCAAACUCACAUUCACCAAGGCCAGUGAUGUCUGGAGCUUUGGAGUCACCAUGUGGGAAAUGUUCUCCUAUGGAAGGAAACCUUUUGCACAUUUAUCAGGAGAAGAGAUCCUAAAAACGAUAGACAAGCCCAGGUUGGAGCGGUUAGAGAGACCAGAAGCCUGUCCGCUGAAGAUCUAUGAGCUUAUGUUAAGGUGCUGGACUCACGAGCCAGAAAGCAGAAUGUCAUUCGCUGAACUCCACGAGGAACUGCCAAAAGCAAGACCAAUGCAAGUGAAAACCCUUGUCAACUACGUAGCAUUACAUCCUGAAGAGCUGACCUUCAGAGCAGAGGACAUCCUCUCGGUAGUCGAAGCAAAUGACGACACUGGUGUGUGGAAGGGCAUAAACCCGAUGGGAAAGAUCGGUUACUUCCAACGCGUGGAUACGGUUGCCCUCGGCAACAGUCAGAUGGGAAAAUUGAAGAGGUGGAGAAGCGGGAGGUCAUCCAAAACAGAAAACAGAAGAAGCAUAUUGUAUGCAUCACAACGACCAAAACGACAGAGCUGGCAUGGCCAUGGUAAGCUGUCGUUAGAAGACAUCAGCAAGCCCAAAGACUACAAACACAUCUUCCAUGUAGGCGUCGACGGAAAGGUCGAAGGUGACCCAACGUUUGGGGGUGACUAUCGCAAUAUACCAAAGACAGAUGAGGAGGACGAGGAAGAGGGUUCCAGCCCAUCAAGGUCAUCAUCAACAUCAGGACGAUCUGAUUCUAAAUCUUCCACACCUUCAAAAUCGCCAAACAAGUCCAAAAAGAACAACAAGAAGAACAUUUCCGCUCCCGUGAUUGAACUCUCAAAAGACACUAUCCUUCCACCACCAAACGGUUUUGAUUCGGGUUCUACGGUUAGCGUACCGGAUGUGGUACCGUCCGUAACGCAACAGGUGUCUAGUGCUCCACCGCCCAUCCCGCGACAGCCACCGCAGAAGCCACAGCCACUGCAGAAAGUGCAGAAGGCGCCCAUCGCGGUGCUCGCGGAACCAGAGGUCACCUUCACCAACGGUACCAGCUCAACCUUCAAACAAGAUCGCAGAGAAGAAAAGAAAGAUGGAGAUUUGUCUCUUACACCGUCGUUUGACAUGGGCUCUCUGCUUGAUGACAUGAUGUCCGUCUGGGACUCUGCUAAACUCAACCUCAGUUUCAGUGACGACCUAGAACCCACCCCUGAAGAAGAACCGGACGACUUCAUGGAGGAAGAGGACUCCCUGUUGGAAGGUGAGGAAAAUGCGUUUUGUAACGGCAAUAGUAGUUUGUCACCUCCCACUCUCAGUGUAGGAACGGUGAACCCAGUGGCGAUGGAAGCGGUGGUCGUGGCGAAUGACGUAGAGGUAGCGGAGGAGGAGGCGGGAGCGGUGAAUGAGGCGCAGGAGGAGGCGGAGCUUGGCGCAGUAGGCGGGGUUAGUGCUGCCGGGGUUUCUAACACGGGUAAAAGCGCAGAGGGUAGUAUUCUUUCGGGGAAUAUCAUCAUCAAGGAUAGCAUGACAAAACCGACAAAGACAUUCCGCAAGGUACCGCGUCAAACUGAGGAAGGGGAAGUGAAUGAGGGUGUGGCUAAACCAGAGAUUCGGCCCCAGGAACAGAGCCAAGCGCCGAGAAGCAGACCGGGUAUGGAUAUGAACAUUGCGAGGCAGAUGUCGCGUGAAAAGCGAUGGGAUAAUGAGUUCAAACGAUUGUCAUCGUCCCCUAAGGACAAGUCUUCUGAUAACGAGUAUAUUGACACUAAAACAAUGAAUCAGAAGGUUGAUAAUUCAAGUGAGGAGUAUGAAGAAUUGGCCUUAGCUUCCUCCCCACAGCCUUAUACCCUGAGAGACAACGUAUUGGACAGUGCUAACGUUAUGAGAGUGCCUCGCUUUAACGAUGUCUCGCGAAGCGUCAGUCUGCGUACCACCAGACCUGGCACAGACCAUUCUGACUCUCGAGUUGAAGUUGACCUGAAUAGGAGUCGCAGCCUUCGUGAACCGCCCGUGUCCCCGUUAGGUCAGCAAGCAUACGAUAGUCUGGUGGGUGGGAAUAUAUCGGGUAACCUGCGUAGGAAGCGUCCCGAUGCUCCGGAGAGGAAGCCACCCGUGGUUCCUCCUAAGCCAGCACCCAAACCACCGAGCCGCGUUAAAGCCCCUGAUGUCUCGGGAGAGGGGAGGUUCCGCAAUGGCGAGGCUAGACUCUCGGGGUCAAGCUCUCAGCGCAGUUACAGCGGUACCUCUAGUGAUGAUGGUAUGUCUGAAGACAAUCCCAACAUUCAGGUUACAUCAGGAGAUAUCGCUGGGAAGAGUGGUGCCGUAGCAUCCCUUAGGCAACGCUUUAACACCAACCAAACGGAAGAUACACCACCCAGACCCCCUCCACGCGAACCAACAGACACCAAAGUAAGCUCAUUCUCGGGUGUGAGGCUGAGGCGACGCGAACAAACAAAUGGUACGAAUGAAAACUUUUAUGCGUCGGAGCCUGACAACAACAACGCGAGCCCAAAAUUCAGUUCUACUACCCUCCAAAACCUUGAGCAGCACAUGCCCCGCCGAGUGCGUCGCUCCGUCGGUGAGGACCGCAUCAAGAGAAGGAACUCCAGCGAUGCCAGUGACUCUGACACUGAUGUUGCUAAGACGCGUACCGACCGUGUCUGGAGCACAUCAAGCCAUGCGGCCUCAGAGGGGGAUAGCUCUUCAGACGAGACGGUCGGCUCCAAUCGUCUCUCAACCUCUAGCACCGAGAGAAGCUCUUACUCAGAAACCCAGAGCAGCAGCGGUUACAAAUCUCCACCGCGAUCACUCUACGAUCUCCCAGAGGAUCAGACUAACAGCACCAGUAGCCGAGCAGACCAACCUUCACUAUCAUCUGAAGACCCCCUGAGCAUGGAUCAUAGACCACCCCCUUUGCCCCCUCGAGUCGCCACGGACUCCACUACCACCACCACCACCCACCGUAAGGCCCCCGAUAGACCCCCUUCUGGAGGCAGAGAUGCCCAUUGGACACGCCCACCGGAAGCAGGGGGGCACAAUGGCGAUAUCCCCCAGAAUGCAGUGCCCCCACCUCGCCCGGUACGAUAUGAUAUCUACGACCGGCUGCCGCGAAGCAGGACAGUCGAUUUGGGUGAGCAUGCGUUGGACUCCCAGAAGCGAGCCACUCGGCCAGACUAUGAUGUGUUACCUGUGCGCAGACCGGUUUGGAAUCAGAACAAGAGCUAUUCCAUGGAUGGAGAGGAUAGUGAUGACUAUAUGGUAGGCUCGGCAGCCAGUUUGAGACAAUUGCUGAGACAGCCUAAUGUAUCUAGUAAUGAAAAUGUGAAUAAUAAUCAUGAUGAGAUUGACAGUGAUGCGGAUAACUUGGAAGAUAUGCCAGACAUGUCGCCCCCUCCUGUUCCAACUACCCGCAAAUCAUUCAUUGAUAGCACGUAUGGUGAAAGUCCUUUUGUGCAACGCUCGGUAACGCCGGACACUAGUGUAGCCCCAGUGCAGAGACACUCGAUACGUGAACCCGAGUAUGUUAUGAUGAAACCGCAAUCGGUUCAAGACUUGAAGCGUGAAUACACGCAGCUUUCUUCAGCGGACAGUGACUACGCUGUUCCGAUCAAUCAUAAACAUACUAGCCCAAAUAAUAAUUCCAGUCCAAUUCAAAACAAUGCUGCCAACGCCCGUUAUCUUUCUGAUAAAGACAAAGCCAUCUAUCUCUUAAUGCACCCUAAACGUUCAUCAACCCAACAAAGCAACAAUUCUAGCCAUAGUUUCACCAGGACAAAGAGUGCCCAUCUGGUGAGGCGACCCGCGUUCCUGAGAGCUGCAAGGACACCGGAGCAGCGCCGCGGGACGGUGUCGGCUUCAACCAGACUCAAGGAUGCGGAAGGGUCAUCCAGCCUUCCUAGGAGUGACCAGUCGGCCGGAGAGGGCCAUAAGAUGAGGCGGUCCAGGAGCACUGAUGAUAUCUUGAAGGACGGUGACUGGACAAUGCCUGAAGAAGCAGAAAGUCUUCAAGACCUUCUAGCCAGGGCCCACAUCUCACCAACUGACCACCAUUCCACAAAAGAUCCCAGGAGCAAUUACCUAGUCCCACCAUCCGCCAGACGCAAACUACCAUCACCAGAUGCGCACCAGAUAACUACGAGUACCCCUCCCCCAUCAUCUCACACCCGUCCGCACUCCCUCAACCAGACCCCGCCCUCGUCUGGUUACCACGGCGAGGCAGCAUACCUUGACAUGUCACAGAACUCGCUGGAGAGGAAGAAGAAGAAUGAACAGGAGAAAGCCGCUUCCAACUGGAUAAAACCGGUUCAAACUAGCUCAGAACAUUCAUCCUCUUCUUCCUCAUCAGCCAUUACUACAAAACCGGUUUCAUCCAAGGGGAACAGGUUGUCUUAUCCACCUAUAUCCAGUUCAAACCAGACCAAAGCAGUUCCAUCCAGCAUGGCAGCACCACAUAUUUUGUCCAAAUAUGUUUAUGAUCCUAAUGAUGAUGAAGUAGAUUUAUGAUAUAUAGAUAUUGUUAAGAUGAUCAAUGGCAAGAUGUAUUUUGAAAAUGGAGCUGUCAUUCGAAAUGGACAAAUUUUUGUGUUAAAUUAAAACGUUUCGUCUGUUUCUAUUAAUUUUGUGUAUUAUUGUAUGAAAACAUAUUGUAUGACCAAGUACAAUACUUGUAGGUACCCUCAUGUAUUUGUCUCCCCCAACCUCAUUUCAUUUGAUACUGGUGUCAAGAGGAUUUAUAGAGGAAUUGAAUAUACUUUAUAUUUCCCCUGAAAUCAAAGCUGUAUGUUUUUUAGAAUUACAGAGAAGAUUCACCAGAUUUAUUUCAUGGAAAGAAACAUUCCUGCGGUGUAUUUUCUUCUUACUGUCCUACGCCUUAAUGGAGAGGGAACAUCUUAAAUGUAGAUCGACAACUCCAAAGUAUCUCAGUCGAUGAAUUUGAAUCUCAUUUAUCAAGUAAAUAUAAUCAGUGUGGAAUUGGAGCAUCCUAUGGCUCAAUAAUUUGUUUCUCCUUUCAUUUUUUUCUCUGCCUAUCUUUCUUUUUAUAGAGCCCUAUUUUGUUUCUUGUCGUGACAUUGCAUUUCACAGUAUUUUUUCUUUGGGUAAUAUGCCAUCCCGAAAGCGAAAGGUAGAAUUAAAAAAGAAAUCUUCUAUUUCGUAGGUCAAGGUCAAGGCCUUUUCUAUAUUUCUCAUGUACCCCAGAUAUUCUCUUUUUAUAUUCCUACCUCAAAGUGAUACUAAUAAUUUGUUACAAUAAAAUAAAAGCUGAUGAAGCCAGUGGGUUACAAACUAUUCAUGAUCAAGUUCAUCUGAGAGAGCAUGCAAAAAGGUAUAUUUUAUGAUCAUUUUUUGUGUGGUAAAUUUCAUACUGAAGAUGCUUCCCGUCUUUGAAAUCCUCCCAUCUUUGAAAUCCAAUAAUCUUUGAGAAUUAUCCAAUGCAUUUGCAAAAAGAAUUAAUGUAUGUGUUUUGUCUUGUUCUCCUGCAAUGUUGUAAUCCUGAAUGGAAGAAAGAAUGGUUUGUAUUGUAAGAUUGUGAUUAAAUACAGUUAAUCCAAGAGAAAUUGAAGCUAAAGGAUUUAUGUACCAACAUUUGUUGGAUUAAGAUGAAAAUGUCACUUAAAGGAGAAGUCUACCCACAAUCUCUGUAUAAAACUUUCCUAUUAUCCCUAUGUCAGUUUUACAUUGUUGGUACUUUGCCUUCUAAAUUUGAAGAAAAAAAUGAUGAUACACAUCUUGACGAGAAGACAUAUUGAUGAAAAAUGAAACAGUAACAUUUCUUGCAUAUGUUUGAUGAAAGAUAUGAAAUUACUCAUCAUGAAUAAGAUGAUUCAUUCCGUUCAGCACACAUACUCUAUAUUGUCUCAUUUGACAAGGGAUAUACAAACAAAAUAGCUAUUUACUAUUGCCUCUGCACCAUACCAAAAAAAAAACGCUGGUGUAUCUUCUAGUGUGACAAAAGACAGUAAAGCUAGAUUGCUUUAAAGAAUGAUUCAUAUUGUCUGUUUCGAGCCAGGAGGGUGUUAACUCAUAUACUUUACACACAGUCAGCCCCCUGGCUCCAAACAGACGCUGUGUUGUAUCACUAUUCUCAUCAUAUAUUUUCUUCUGCUACGAGUAUGAGCACAUUGUGCUACAGCUAUUUGUUUACAUGUCAUUUUGGCCUAAAUGUGUAUUUAUUAACUGCCAUCUUUUUAAUCUUGUGUUAUAUUCUUCCAAACCGACUGUCUCAGCAACUACCAUAUACCUUUGAAAAACUUGUCGCAUCUGCUACUAAACAUUUAUGGAAGACUUUUAUUGAUUAUUGUGUAUUAUGUUUGUAAAUAACUACAAAUAUAAACAGAAAUGUACAUUUUUUUAUAUAUUUGAUAAAAUUGAGUAGUGUUCAUUGUAGAGUGACAUGAACAGAUAGUAGAUACAUUACAAGACUUGCAUGGUUGCAUUAUACUCUGUUUCUUUACUAAUAUUCCUCUUUUUUAGUAGAUUGUUUACUCCAUGUUUCAAAAGAUGUGCUCAUGCUACGUAUUUAUGACAAAAUUGCUUUGAAUGAAGCAAAUUCUCAUUGCGAGUGUAUAUUUUUUCUAAUUCUGUAUUCAACUUUUAUUUGAUGACCAAUAAUUAUGCAAACAAACAUACUGCUGGUAUAUUCCUUGUAUUAUGCGAUGAGAAUUUCUUUCUUCUUUUUUUUCUUCGAGAAUGUAUCAUCCUCGUGAAUGGUGUAUAAUUCAGGUUGAUCUCUUGUCAGCAUCAUGAUGAAAUGCAUGUUACAAAAGUGAACCCAGAUGUGAAUUAUGAAAGUGACUGGUAAAUAUUAAAAGUCAUGACGCAGAUUUAUAUAAAAAGAAA